AUGAGCGCCUACGGCACAGGCAGCAACCCCACCGGCAGCGGCGCCAACGACUUCCAACCCUACACCUUCGGCGACUUUGCCUCCGAACAAUCCUCCCUCGGAAACAACCCCAACAGCAACAACCCAAGUGGUAAAUCACAAACAGGCUUCGGCGGCGGUGCACCAUCACCAGCUCGCCCGGCAUCGGGGAUGGGAGGUGCUGCGGGGGACCUGUCGUCGGUCACCAUCCCUGUCAGUGCACCGACCGUGACGGGGCAUAUGGGGUAUGGGAACGCGGAGGGACAGCCGAGACCGACGCUGGAUACGUUGGACGAGCCUGUUUGGGAGACCAUUCGACGCGAUCUGCUGAACAUCUGGGCCAAGCUGAAACAAGUGCUGCUACCUCGGCCGAAUACGACGAAUAUCCUCAAAGAUUGGGAUCUAUGGGGCCCGCUACUCCUAUGUCUCGUCCUCUCCAUCCGCCUCAGCAUAACAGCCCCCAACGACCAAGCCGCCGGCAUGUUCACUGCCAUCUUCAUCAUCCUGUGGUGCGGCGCCGCAGCAGUGACAUUGAACGCCAAACUCCUCGGUGGUAAAAUAUCAUUCUUCCAAUCCGUCUGCGUCCUCGGCUACUGCGUCUUCCCCCUCGUCAUCGCCUCCAUCGUCUGUGGGAUCAUCCGCCCCGUCUUUGUGCGCAUGAUUGUCAUCCUCGGCGCCUUUCUCUGGGCCGUCUACGCCUCCAUAGGCUUCUUCUCGGACCUGAACCUGAACCAACGCCGCGUGCUGGCGAUCUAUCCCAUCUUCUUGUUCUAUUUCGUGAUCGGGUGGAUGAUCCUGAUCUCUUAG